AUGAAGCUUGUUAUUAUUCCCCUUACCGAAGACAACGUUCCUUGUUGUAACUGUUUCUCAUCUGCCCAUAGCUUUAAAGCAGAAUGGUGCCUUGACUUGUACGGAUACCUUAAUAAGCAGGAAUUCCAAAAUGAACUAACGAAACUCAAUAACGCUAUUAAACAAUACCCUUUGUUAAGUAGAAAAUCAAAGAGAUCUCUUACAUACAUUUGCGUAGGAUUGUUCAUGCUCAUGUUCCUCUUCCUUGCUUUGAUCCCAUUUAUUGGAAUGUCUUACGGAGGCCCCGUCGGUUCGAGUUAUAUUUUCUUUGCUGCCAUCGAUUUUUUGCUUGGGCUCGCAAUUCCGAUAGGGCGAAAAACAAUCGAUAACAUGGCAAAGAAUCGUGCCAGAGCAUUUGAAAAAUAUAUGAGAGAGAGUUGGCUCCUUGAUAUCAAUCGAAGAGCAUUCCCAACUGCUCAUUGGAAUAUAAGAUUCCGUGAUGUCCUCACCCAUUAUAGCAUAAAUAUGAAUGCGAACGGUAAAGGAACGGUCACACCGAAAUACGCUGAGGAAGUAGAGUUAAUACUCGAAAUUCAUGAUGGACUCUCUGGUCGUACCGCUCACACUAUUCGUGUAAAUCUUCCUCUCAUUGUAGUUCCUACUACUCAGCCUCUUCAAAUGGUUACUAUGGCAUGA